CAUAUAUUGUAAAUGGUUUGUUAUGUCCAAUUCCUUAAUCUCAUGGAGAUGCUUAUACCAACUUAAAAACUGAACCAACAAAUUUUAACAUAAGGUAUGAGAUUGAGUGUGUAACAAGUUUUCAAGUUCACCUAUGGCAGGACACUUGCUACUUAUAAUGUUUUUACUUUCUUUAACUCCUCCAUUCAUUGUUCAUGCCCAGAACAACCAAUUAGGGUUCAUUAGUAUUGACUGUGGACUAGUAGAUAAACAAAACUACACAGAUGAAACUACUUCCAUCUAUUACACUUCUGAUGUUAACUUCACAGAUACUGGUGUAAGUAACAACAUAUCAUCUAAACACAAAGCUUCCCUUGAAAGACAGUUUUGGAAUGUUAGAAGCUUCCCAAAAGGAACAAGGAACUGCUACACCCUUUAUGUUUCACAAGGAAGUAGCAAGAAAUAUUUAGUCAGGGCCAGUUUUGUGUAUGGUAAUUAUGAUGGCAAGAACUCUCUUCCUGAAUUUGAUAUCUAUCUUGGAGCUAAAUGGUGGGAAUCUGUAGUGUUUGAAGAUUCAUCUAGUGUAAUAACCAAGGAAAUCAUUUUUUCUGCUUCCUCAGAUUAUGUGCAUGUUUGUUUGUUUAAUACUGGCAAGGGUACACCUUUUAUUUCAGUUUUAGAGCUUAGAGUUCUAAACAGUGAUGCCUAUCUUGUUAACUCUUUGGAGCUUCUGGGGAGGUUUGAUAUAGGUUUACAGGGUGGUAAAAAAAUCAGAUAUCCAGAUGAUAUUUAUGACAGAACAUGGACACCUUAUAACUCAACUGAAUGGAAAAUGGUAAAUACUUCACUCACCAUAGACCAAGGAGCACCUUCAUUCAACUUUUUACCACUACCAGCUUCCACUGUCAUGAGAACAAUAUCAGUACCAGUAAAUGUCAGUGACAACAUAGAAUUUCAUUUCCUUCCUAAAUAUAAUGCCUCCAGGUAUUAUGUGUAUAUGUACUUUGCUGAAAUCCAGAAACUCGAGGCAAAUCAAAUUAGAGAGUUUAACAUUUUCGUAAAUGGAAAGCUUUUAAACAAUGAGCCACUCAUUCCUGUGUAUCUUCAAAGCAUGUAUCAUAUAUCAGUUAUAGAUGAAAAUAAGUUGGAACUUUGGUUUAAUAAGACUAGUAGAUCAACUCUUCCACCACUCUUCAACGCGAUCGAGAUAUAUAUGGCAAAGGACUUCUUACAAUCCGAAACAUAUCAAACGGACGUUGAUGCUAUCCUAAAUGUGAAGUCAAUUUAUGAGAUCAAGAGAAACUGGCAAGGAGAUCCUUGUACUCCAGUGUCUUACUUGUGGAAAGGUCUAAACUGCAGCUAUGCUGGAUCUAGUUCACCAAGGAUCGUAUACUUGUACGUUACGUCGUAUACUUGUACAUAUGCUGAUGAUAAUCCUCUAGUCUUCAAUCAUAUUAAUGAACUUGAUAAUCAUGUGUUUAGGAACUUAACUUCUAGUGGUUUAAUUGGAAAUAUAGCUCCAGCAAUAUCCAAUCUGAGGUCAAUAGAAUAUUUAGAUUUGUCGAAUAACAGUUUGACUGGAGCUGUUCCUGAUUUCCUAUCUCAGCUGCGCUUCUUGCGAGUUUUAAACCUUGAAGGAAAUCAAUUAUCAGGAGCAAUUCCAAUACAACUCCUCGUGCGUUCAGAGAAUAGUACGCUCAAAUUCAAUUUUGGUGGAAAUCCAAAUCUUUGCUCCUCAGGUUCAUGUAACAAGAUCAAUAAGGUUGUAGUUCCAUUAGUAGCAUCACUUGGUGGUGCUUUCAUGAUGCUAGCAGCAGCAACGAUUUCUUUUCGCUUAUACUACAAGAGACACCAAGUUUCCCAUAAUGUGAGCAAGCUGGGUGGUUAUUCAAGAAUAAAGCAGGAACUAGAGUCAAAGAAACAAGAAUUCACCUAUGAAGAAGUAUUAAGCAUUACCAGAAACUUUGAAAAGGUUGUGGGGAAAGGAGCAUCUGGAACUGUCUAUCAUGGCUGGAUUGAUCAUGAUACGGAGGUAGCUGUCAAAAUGUUAUCUUCCGAAUCAGCUCAAGGACAUAUGCAAUUCCAAGCAGAGGCCAAACUUUAUGCUGUAGUUCAUCAUAAAUACUUAACUGGUCUUAUAGGUUACUGUGAUAAUGGCACCAACAUGGCUCUCAUCUAUGAGUAUAUGGCUAAUGGAGACUUAGCCAAGCACUUAUCAGAUAAAAAUGAAAAUAUAUUGAGUUGGAAUCAACGACUUCAAAUUGCAGUGGACGCUGCAGAAGGAUUGGAGUAUCUCCAUCAUGGCUGCAAUCCGCCAAUUGUUCACAGAGAUGUUAAAUCUAAAAACAUCUUACUAAAUGAAAAAUUCCAAGGUAAACUAGCUGAUUUUGGGUUGUCAAAGAUCUUUCCUAACGAAGGCGACACUCAUAUCUUCACGGUUGUUGCUGGCACGAUAGGAUACCUCGACCCUGAGUACAAUAGAUUAAGCAGGUUGAAAGAAAAAAGUGAUGUUUUCAGUUUUGGAGUAGUUUUGCUCGAGAUAAUUACAGGACAGCCUGCCAUAACCAAAACCGAAGAGAAAAUCCAUAUUAUUCAACUGGUUAGUUCUAUGCUGCUGGAAAACGGGGUAAAAGAUAUCGUGGAUCCCAGAUUAAAGGGAGAAUUCGAUAUUAACUAUGCAACUAAAGCCUUAGAUAUUGCAAUGGCUUGUGUAGCAAGAACUUCAAUCAAUAGGCCAACCAUGACACAUGUAGUUAUGGAACUGAAACAAUGUUUCGAGAACAAGAUCACUGAUUUGCCUGACUCUAAUUACACCCCUGAGAGUUUACCAGACGCCUUAAAUUAUGUAUCCUUUGACAGAAUUAGUGGUGAGAGCUCUCUGGCGAGGUAGUAAUUUAAUUAAAACUAGAAAUGAGAGUCACACGUUGCGCGAGUGAAAGAAUUUUUGUAUGUUAUUAUAUUCAAAAGUAAUAUAUUAUGUACUGUAAAUAUAAUUUGGGAUUUACUCUAAGUUUUUCUUGCUUUGUCGAUAACUUGAAUCGUUGUUACACAUAUAUGAAAUUACAUGAGAGACUUAAAAGAGUCCUCCCGAAUUAUUUGAAAAUAAGAAUCAUAUAUAAUAGAUAUGAUUAAGAACUUUAUACAAUAAGGCAUGUG